UUGACUACUCACCUUUUUCCAUUCUGUUGUUCAGAUAGCACGACAUACGCUGUCUUCUCCCAACAAAUAAAAUUUAAACACAUAUUUCGUGUUCUCCAUUGCUCAUUAAUGAGUUCUCUGGAUUCUAAUGCAUAUAAUAUCUACAUUUAUAGACUACAGUCACAUUCAUAUCCUAUUCUACGACGGAACAUAUAACUGGGAUUACUUAUCUCCCUUAAUUUUGGAUUUUGGUACCAAACGCAACUGAACACUUACAAGCAGCCGCAUUAAGAUCAUAAUGAGUUACAUUCGAAAUCUAACUCACAGAAUAAGUGCAGUAGCAGUUGCAACAACGCUAUUCACUGUCACGUUAAUGCUCCAAUCAAUAAUCGUCGUACAUAACUACUCGUCUGUUUUCAAGAAUGUUGCUAAAUCAAUUGAUGCAGCUUAUGUAAAGACAAUCCCUAGCUUUUCUUCAGGUUUUGAUGAUUUCGAAUAUCCUAUGAUGGUGGAUAUGCCGAAAGUUGUCAGAAAAGUUCUUUCAAACUGGAUCUUAACAAUUCGUCCAAUAAAUGAUCCACGAUUUCCAAUACUCAUAGGUGAAUAUCAAAAGUGUGACAACAUACUGCUGAAAGCAGGAGAGCAUCUAGAGCUGUUGAUUCUCAUCAAAUCUGCUCCAUCAAACUAUUUACACAGAGAUACCAUACGCCUAACAUGGGGUAAUGAUCUUUGUUGGGGUGGACGUCGUGUCGUGCAUCUUUUUCUUCUUGGAAAUGUCCCAUCUGACAGCACAGGUUUAAAAUCUAUAUUAAAAAAUGAAUCCGAUGUAUAUCAUGAUAUCAUUCAACAAGAUUUUCUUGAUACUUAUUAUAAUAAUACAUACAAAACUAUGUUUGGUAUUAAUUGGGCAGUGAAAUAUUGUUCAAAGGUCCCAAUCAUUAUGUUUUUGGAUGAUGACUAUUUUGUCUAUCCGAAAAAUGUGAUCGCCUAUAUUGAAGGUUUGAGCACAGAGCUGCGUAAACGCUUGAUCAGUGGUUAUGUCUGGUUUAAUGCUAUACCUGCUCGUAAAUCUUUCUACACUCACUCUAAAUGGUCAAUUGAUUAUAAAGAAUAUGCUGCACGUUUUUAUCCUCCAUUUGUGGCGGCAGGUAACUUUUUUCUAUCAAUGAAUUUAGCACGUGAAUUAAAUGUCGCUAUGCGUUACACAAAAUAUCUACGAUUUGAUGAUGUUUAUCUGGGAAUAAUACUUAGGAAAUUAUUACGUUUACCGAUUCACUUAAGAAAGAUUUAUUCACAUCACCCGGUGAAGUUGAAUUCAUCCGAGAUAUAUGAAAUGAUUUCUAGUCUUGGUUUUGGCGAAUCUGUUUCACAAUUCUCCUUAUGGAAUCGUUUAAACUGCUCAACAUUUUGUGUAAAAUCUCUUGUAUGAUUUAAUAUUUUUGUCCUCUUUUAUACUUCUUGAUUUAUAUUUAUCAUGUUUCUCGUUUGUUUGUAAGUAAUUUUGACGAGUUUGUCCAACUGUGAAUAAAGAUAAAACCAAAGGUCAACCUAGAAGAAACUUUGCCACUGUUAAUCGUUAUUUUGUCCUGAUUUUUGUCAUUGAGAUCAUCUGUCUUAUUCAUUCCACUUAAUUAUUCUUAGAGUAGCAGUGAUUGCUUUUGAUAAAGUCUCUGAUAAAAUGCUAAUCGUAUUAAUUAAUCAAAAUAAUUCAUGCCUGACUAACAAUAACUUUCUCUGUACAUACAUAUCAGAUUUCAUCUGCUGUUAUGGGUUCUUAAGCCAUUUUA